UGAGGCGGUUCCGGUCAGCGGGCAGUCGGUGUCUGAUGUGGCCGCAGGCAAAGCACAACAUUUCAAAAUGCUGGAGAUUAUCUGUGUGAACAUAGAGAUUACAUUUAAUGCGAUUUUGUCUUCAAAAAUUCUGCUCUUGCAUUUCACGAGAUAAAAUAUUUUACAAAAAUGGAAGGUUGGAGAAGUGAAGGUAUCAAUUAACAAUGUUCUGUGAAUCCAGAGAAGAAUUUCUGGAGGAAGAAUAGAUUCAUUGACUACCUGAUUUUUUUUUUUUCUUUUUAAUUUUAAAAGGAUAUCUACGUGAAGAUGAGCAUGCUUAUAAGAUACGGUGAAAGAGGAUAUUUCUAAUGAGUUACCAACAUUUGUUUCUGUUUGAAAUCAGAUUCUUUUUUGAUGGAAAUGAAGGACCAGUAUGAAAAAGCAGAGCUGUUGUAUUUUUCUGAGGCCUUUAUGUAAGGCUCUACUGUCUCUAUCUGGUGUUAAAGGAAGGGCAAUCUGCUUCUGAUCAGCUGAUUAUAACUGUAGAAAGAGAACCUUUAAUUUAAAGUAACUUCCAGAUGAAACUGUUUUGCUCCUUGGCUUGCACAGAAUGAAAGGGAAAAUUAACAUGUGUUACUGGUCAGGGGCCUUUUGUUGAACAAAGAAAGGGAAAGUUAGAUUGUUCUUUUUUUUAUUAUUAUUAUUAUUUUAUUUUUCCCCUCUCCAUUUCCGACGAAGAACUGACCAAACAUUUUUGUUAGAAUUUGACUACUAGAGGAUCUCAGCAUUCAAAACAAGUCAGAUGUCAGCAAACGACUCUUCCCCUCCAUCCGUACAGAAGUUUUCCCCGCCUGUAUAUCAUGCUGCUCCACCGCAAACCCCAAGUUUGUCUUCAAGCCCCCAGUCGGGGCUCUCCAGUCGACUUUCCAAUGGCAGUUUCAGCACCCAGAGCCUCACCAACUCCAGGAGCUCUAUGCACGGGAUCUCCUUCCUCCUGCAGAUCGGUCUCACUCGAGAGACUGUCACCAUUGAAACUCAGGACUUGUCUCUCUCUGCUGUGAAAGACCUCGUGUGCUCUAUAGUUUACCAGAAGUUCCCGGAGUGCGGGUUUUUCGGCAUGUAUGACAAAAUUCUCCUCUUCCGUCAUGACCUGAACUCAGAUAAUAUUUUGCAGCGGAUCACGUCAGCAGAAGAGAUACAUGAAGGAGAUCUUGUUGAGGUUGUUCUUUCUGCUUUGGCUACAGUUGAAGAUUUCCAGAUUCGACCUCAUGCACUUUAUGUGCAUUCCUACAAGGCUCCUACUUUUUGUGACUACUGUGGAGAGAUGCUUUGGGGGUUGGUACGACAAGGCUUAAAAUGUGAAGGUUGUGGAUUAAACUACCAUAAGAGAUGUGCCUUCAAGAUCCCUAAUAACUGUAGCGGAGUGAGAAAGAGGCGUUUGUCCAACGUGUCCUUACCAGGAGCAGGACUUUCAACUCCGAGACCAGUGCAAGCUGAAUAUACAUCCUCUGCCUCUGAAGAGCGCUGCUGCCCAGAACCUAGUAAACGGAUUCCUUCCUGGAGCGGCCGCCCCAUCUGGAUGGAGAAGAUGGUGCUUUGCAGGGUGAAGGUCCCCCACACCUUUGCUGUCCAUUCGUACACUCGUCCGACCAUAUGCCAGUAUUGCAAACGGCUGCUCAAGGGCCUCUUCCGCCAGGGAAUGCAGUGUAAAGAUUGCAGAUUCAAUUGUCAUAAACGUUGUGCAUCUAAAGUGCCUAAAGACUGUCUUGGGGAGGUGGUUUUCAAUGGAGAGCCUGCCAGCCCAGGCCAGGAUCUGGAUAUGCCAAUGGAAGUGGAUAGCAGUGAAAUGAACAGCGAUGGUAGCCGGAGUCUGGAUGAUGUUGAAGAGCCUUCCCCUCCAGAAGACAAAAUGUUUUUUAUGGACCCAUCUGACCUUGAUGCAGACAAAGAUGAAGAAGCUGUCAAAACUAUCAGUCCUUCAACAAGCAAUAUUCCACUUAUGAGGGUUGUGCAGUCCAUCAAACACACAAAGAGGAAGAGCAGUACAAUGGUGAAGGAAGGAUGGAUGGUCCACUAUACUAGCAGAGACAAUCUGAGAAAAAGACAUUACUGGAGACUGGACAGCAAGUGCCUCACACUGUUUCAAAAUGAAUCUGGAACAAAAUAUUACAAGGAGAUUCCACUUUCAGAAAUUCUCCAGGUGACUCAGCCUCGAGAUUUUUCAAACAUGGUGCAGGGCAGCAACCCAUACUGUUUUGAGAUCAUCACUGACACGAUGGUGUACUUUGUUGGAGAAAACAAUGGCAGCAGCCAUCACAGUCCUGUUCUUGCUGCCACCGGAGUUGGACUUGACGUAGCUCAGGGCUGGGAGAAAGCCAUUCGCCAGGCUUUGAUGCCAGUCACUCCUCAAGCUAGCGUUUGUACUGCUACAGGACAAGGAAAAGAUCACAAGGAGUUAUCCCUCAGCAUCUCUGUUUCAAACUGCCAAGUCCAGGAGAAUGUGGAUAUCAGCUCUGUGUACCAGAUAUUUGCUGACGAAGUUCUGGGUUCUGGUCAGUUUGGCAUUGUCUAUGGAGGAAAACACAGGAAGUCUGGAAGGGAUGUGGCUAUCAAAGUCAUUGACAAGAUGAGGUUUCCAACCAAACAGGAAAGUCAGCUUCGUAAUGAAGUGGCUAUUCUCCAGAAUUUGCACCACCCUGGGAUUGUAAACCUGGAAUGUAUGUUUGAAACGCCGGAGCGGGUCUUUGUUGUGAUGGAGAAGCUGCACGGGGAUAUGCUGGAGAUGAUCCUCUCCAGCGAGAAAAGUCGGCUGCCGGAGCGUAUAACGAAGUUCAUGGUCACACAGAUACUUGUUGCUCUGAGGAAUUUACAUUUCAAGAAUAUUGUGCACUGUGAUUUAAAACCGGAAAAUGUACUACUAGCAUCAGCAGAGCCAUUCCCUCAAGUGAAGCUCUGUGAUUUUGGCUUUGCUCGUAUCAUUGGUGAGAAGUCGUUCAGGCGCUCGGUGGUGGGGACCCCCGCUUACCUCGCCCCGGAGGUGCUCAGGAGCAAAGGCUACAACCGCUCCCUAGACAUGUGGUCGGUGGGAGUUAUUGUCUAUGUGAGCCUCAGUGGCACCUUCCCCUUCAACGAAGACGAGGAUAUAAAUGAUCAGAUUCAAAAUGCAGCAUUUAUGUACCCGCCAAAUCCCUGGAAGGAAAUCUCUAGUGAAGCUAUUGAUUUAAUAAAUAAUUUGCUUCAAGUGAAGAUGAGAAAACGUUUCAGUGUUGACAAGUCUCUUAGUCACCCCUGGUUACAGGAUUAUCAGACUUGGCUUGACCUCAGAGAAUUCGAGACGCGCAUCGGGGAGCGCUACAUCACGCACGAGAGCGACGACGCGCGCUGGAAGGAGCACGCGUGCGAGCACAACCUCGAGUACCCCCAGCACUUCAUCAUGGCUCCCAACCCAGACGACAUGGAGGAAGACCCUUGAGUCGCUCCUUACGCUGAACUGCAGCAGAGAAGGGCACUCGGACAAACUGGAGAUGAGUUUUGGAGCGACUGUUGCUCUCCGAGCGCUGCUCACUUAGUGUACAGAACUGCACAGAAACUGCAGGGGGAGAGGCUGUCGUCUGGCAAGCGCUGCUCCGUCUCGGACUGAGCUACGAGUAGCCGCUGGCAGCGGGAUGGCCCUGCUGGAUAACGUGUCACCAGGCUGCGUGGCCACAAGCUGGCGCUGAGGUGGGAUGUGCACAGACUGAUGCUUUGUGUGAGUUUUUCAAUUUUUUUUUGUAGUUUAUGCAAUAAGAAUUUUGUAACAGUUUCCUAAUCCCUACGUAUUAGGCCAUAGAGAACUGUUUUCUGUUAUUUAGAUACAUCUCCCAUUUACUAGAUUGUGCAUCGUGGAAAGAGACUGUACAAGGAAAUGAGUGUGGAACCCCUUGGCUGAUAGCAAAGCAUGGUGGCUUAGGACUGAACACGGCUUCACAGACGAAGGAAUAAUUUGCUGCUGUUGAGACAGUUGAAUGCAUCUGUCUUUGCCCUAGCUGAACUUUUUUCCCAGGUACCUGAAGAAAGAAAACCCCUUUACUACUUACAUUCCUCUAAAAGAGCUGGCUGACAAUCUAAGGAGAUGACAAUCAAAGCAAUGCUAGUCCUUUCUU